AUGACUGGUCGUGGCAAAGGUGGCAAGGGCCUGGGCAAGGGUGGUGCCAAGCGCCACCGUAAGAUUCUCCGUGAUAACAUCCAGGGCAUAACGAAGCCAGCGAUCCGACGUCUCGCUCGCCGUGGUGGCGUGAAGCGUAUUUCUGCAAUGAUUUAUGAAGAGACUCGUGGUGUUUUGAAAACUUUCCUCGAGGGCGUUAUCCGGGAUGCCGUUACCUACACAGAGCAUGCUAAGCGAAAGACGGUCACAUCGCUGGAUGUUGUGUACGCGCUAAAGCGACAGGGCCGCACCCUGUAUGGGUUUGGCGGCUAA